CUUCCUGUAUUUUAAAUAUGGCGGAUAAAGGCAUGAAAAUGUCCCGCAGGUUUUGGAGCUUAUGAAAGUUAUUUUAUAACAUUUACUUGCUGCAGAUAAGAACACAUUCCAAAGCAAAACAAAGGUUUCCGCUAUGAGCAGCAGGAGGAAACGAGCGCCGCCGGCGCGCAUAGAUGAGGAGGCCAAGAGGAGACUGGAGUGGAAUAUGCAUGAAGAUCGGAGAAAUGAAGGAGACUGUAAAGACAUUCUGGAGUCAAUCCCAGCACUGUCUGACAGCUGUCAUCUUGGACCGGUGCUUGAGAGCAACCAGGAAGAGGCAAACCAGUGUUUUAUAUCUUCUGCCGGCACAGAAGAAGGACCAUCAGAAGAGCGUCCAAGCUGCUCCACACAGGAUUCUCUUCCAGAUACCAUAGAACUGAAUGUGAUGCCAGUUUCUGCUCUGGAUCACGGGUGGAAUGCACUGAUUGGAGAGUUUAACCUGCAUCCAAAGAUUCCCAUUGGGAUUGGAGACGGAUCCUUCUGCCUGCAGCAAACAGGUGAUAGACUAAGCAUGAGUCUGAAUAGUCUUGAGUUGGAGGUUGAGAGCGGCAGAAGUGAUCCUGUCAGCCCUGUGCCGAUCGAAUGUUCGUUUGGUGGAAUUUUGCUGGAAGAUCUUGACUGGCUACAGAAGAGGAUGGUCAUUAAAUUGUGCCAUGCAUCAGGAGAUGAAUCGGUAAAGCUGAAAAUUUUUCUUCUUGAAUCGGGAUUGGGCAGACCAGAAUUCCUCAGUGAAGGAAAUGGGCGCAUUAAAAAAGCCAAUCAGCUUCUGCAGAAAUUAAUGGAAUUCUUCUACGACUUCAUCAUCCCUGAGGUGAUGGUGAAUGAAGAGGAGGAGUGUGACACUGAUCUGGAGCGUCAGAACGUCGAGGAGCUGUACGAUCACGUCCGACACCUGCACCAGACAGAAGCAGCAGAGCAGAGCUUCGAUGUCCAGCACCCGGGCCUCAUCCCCGUGCUGAGACCCUAUCAGAGCCAGGCCGUCAACUGGAUGCUGAGGAGAGAGAAGUACAAAAGCAGCAGCUCUCAAGAGCAAAGAUUGCAUUUUCUUUGGCGGGAAAUGGUGUCGAUUUGUGGCAAAAAGCUCUUUUACAAUCCCUACAUUGGAUGCCUGAUCCGAGAGUUUCCUCUGGCGGGAGUGGACUGGCCUGGCGGGAUCCUUGCUGAUGAGAUGGGACUUGGGAAAACUGUGGAAGUACUGGCCCUUAUUUUGUGUAACACCCGGCAAAACCUGGAGCAUGGCGUUCUCACUUUACCUGUGGGACGAUCUGUGAAUUACUUUGUCCCUCCUCCACCAUUAGAGAAACAACAAACCAUUAAACAUGAGGUCAGACCCAAGGAGAAGAUCAUUUAUCCAGCUGUUCGUGAGAUGCUGUUGACUUCGAUUAAAGAAAUGAAGGUUGGGAAAGGAGCGUCAGUCAAUGCCAUUUUUGCUUAUCUGCGGACCAUGUACAAGUAUGACACCCUAAAGAACCGGAACCACAUAAAGAAAGUCCUGACCAAGCUUAUUAGCGAGAACGUUGUGGAGCAGAUCAAAGGACGAGGGUUAGCAGGAUCCUUCAAACUGGGCAAGAACUACAAAGAAAAGAAGAAGAGGCCUGCUGCUCCUCGAAUUUCCUGUGACAAGGCCACCCCCAGAAGAACAUCUCGUCGGGUUUCUGGUCAGGAGAAAGAGGCAUCAAAGACCUCGUACACGACAGCAUCAGAUUCUGAAGACAGUGUGGAUCCUCCUCUCCUCACAGAGGAACUCAAAUGUGAGCCAGAUUCACUUCUGGACUCCGAGAAUCCACCGCAGAAGACGUCAGUAGACAUCACAGAUGAAGAUGAUAAAGAAACAACAGACAAACCCCAACAAGAAACUACAGAAGACAUCCGUGUUGAGAGUUCUAAAUCAGAUCCUACCCAAAACUCCAAACCUGAACCCGAAACCCCAACCAGAGCAUCUGUGAUCCCGUUUAAUACUCCAGAUUACCGCUUUGAGUGCAUCUGUGGAGAGCUUGGCCUGGUGGACUACAAGCCUCGGGUCCAGUGCUUGAACUGUCUGCUGUGGCAGCACGCUGAGUGUGUCAACUACAAAGAGGAGAACCUGAAAACGACCCCGUUUUAUUGCCCUCACUGCCUGGUAGCCAUGACACCUGUGUCUACUGGAGCCACUCUUAUCAUCUCGCCCAGCUCCAUCUGUCACCAGUGGGUGGAUGAAAUCAACCGCCACAUUCACACAUCUUCCCUCAGAGUGCUGGUGUAUCAGGGUGUAAAGAGACACGGUUUCAUCCAGCCUCACAUUCUGGCUGAGCAGGACGUGGUCAUCACCACUUACGACGUGCUGCGCACUGAACUCAAUUACGUUGACAUCCCGCACAGCAAUAGCAAAGACGGCCGCCGAUUCCGCAACCAGAAGCGCUACAUGGCCGUACCGAGCCCACUAGUGGCUGUGGAGUGGUGGCGCGUCUGUCUGGAUGAAGCUCAGAUGGUGGAGUGCACCACAGCCAAGGCUGCAGAAAUGGCUUUGCGUCUCACAUCUGUUAAUCGCUGGUGUGUCAGUGGAACACCUGUGCAGAGAGGUUUGGAAGACUUGUAUGGUCUUGUCCUGUUUUUGGGAGUUGAUCCUUACUGGGUGAAGUACUGGUGGGACCAGUUACUUUAUCGCCCCUACCGCCACGGCAACACCACACCGCUCUACAAUGUCAUUGGUCAACUACUAUGGAGAUCUGCUAAAAAAGAUGUCAUCGAUCAGAUCCAAAUCCCUCCUCAAACAGAAGAAAUCCACUGGCUCAACUUCUCCCCAGUAGAGGGACACUUUUAUCACCGUCAGCAUGAGGUUUGCUCGCAGGAUGCUCUCGUGAAGCUGAGGAAGAUCUCUGAUUGGUCAUUAAAGCUGGGUAGUUUGGACCGCCGUACCGUCACUACCAUAUUAUACCCCCUUUUACGUCUACGUCAGGCCUGCUGCCACCCGCAAGCUGUCAGAGGAGAGUUCCUGCCCCUCCAGAAGAGGUUAGAAACUAAAUUCAGAUGUAAUUGAAAGUGUUCUGGUUCAUUUUGUCCACACUGAUUUUGUUAUUUCCUGUUGAAGACAAUGACAAUGGAGGAGUUGUUGAAGUCGUUGCAGAAGAAAUGUCGUGUGGAGUGUGAAGAAGCCCACAGGCAGCUGGUGUGUGCUCUCAAUGGUCUGGCUGGAAUUCACAUCAUCAGAGGUGAGUUUGUAGAUGCAGCGGAGAUGUACAGAGAAGUGCUGCGAUCAUCUGAAGAACAUAAAGCAAGACUGAAAACUGAUUCCCUUCAGAGGCUUCAUGCAACCCACAAUCUGAUGGAGCUUCUGAAUGCAAAGCAUCCUGGGAUUCCUCCAACCCUGAGAGAUGACAGUCUCAAAGAUGAGGCUGAGCAGCUGAAGCAGCAUUACAUGGCUAAGGUGAACUCUGAGGUUUCUGAAGCACAUCAGAAUCUACAGCCUGUUCUUCAGCACAUUAAAGAGCUCAGACGCAAGGUGAACCUUCGCUCUCCCUGGUGGCUGGAUGUCAUACAGCAUGCCAUUCAGUACUCUAUGGACGAUGACCUUGUGGGCCGCAUUCAGAAUGAGCUAACUUGCAGUUAUAAACAACAAGCCAACAAGCUCUCAUUGGCAGACAAGUUUCGGGAUGCUCGUGGUCUUCAGUUUCUGCUCAGCACUCAAAUGGAUGAUUUGAUGAAAUCGCAGAAAACGGUUCAAGAUGCUGUAAAGAAACUGGAGGGGCCACCAUCUCAGCAAGUCAUCGAGGAAGCAACACUUUGCCACCUUCGACCUGUUCGUCUGCCACUGAACAACUGUGUGUUUUGCAAAUCCGAUGAACUUUUUACGGACUACGAGUCAAAACUCUUCUCUCACACAGUAAAGGGACAGACGGCCAUCUUUGAGGAGAUGAUUGAAGGUGAGGAUGGGCUGGUAGAUGAUAGGCUCCCCACGACCAGCAGGGGUUUGUGGGCAGCCAGUGAGACUGAACGAGCCCUUAAAGCCACCCUGUCCUUUGCAAAGGCCCGUCGUUUGGAGUCUGGACUCAUAGAGGAGGGAAACUCCUUCAUGGAGCUCUUUGAGUCCUGGAAGAAAGAAUAUAAGUUGCUGCAUGAGUACUGGAUGUCACUGCGAGAUCACGUGUCGGCCAUAGAUGAGCUGGGCAUGGCCACCGAGAGGCUGCGUGUGCGGUUACCUGAUGAACCCAAACCCAAAGUGCUGCAUAUCAUAGAACCUCAUGAGGUGGAGCAGAACAGGAUAAAGCUGCUCAAUGACAGGGCGGUGGCCAAAUCACAACUGCAGAAAAAGCUUGGGCAGUUUCUCUAUCUCACAAACCUGGAGAAGUCUCAGGAUAAGUCCACCGGAGGGUUGAAUCCAGAACCAUGUCCCAUCUGCGCUCGGCCGCUGGGUCAGGAGUGGGCCGUACUGACCUGCGGACACUGUUUCUGUAACGAGUGCAUCGCUAUCAUCGUGGAGCAGUACAGCGUCGGCAAUCGACGGAGAGCCAUAAAGUGUGCCAUAUGCCGACAAACCACUUCUCAUUCAGAGAUCUCGUAUGUGUUCACCACUCAGAGCGCCCACCAGGGGGAGGACAUCCCUGUGAAGGGUAGCCACUCCACGAAGGUCGAGGCCGUGGUUCGAGUCUUAAAGAAAAUCCAGAUGACCGACCCGGGAGCCAAGUCUCUUGUGUUCUCCACGUGGCAGGGCGUCCUGGACAUCAUCUCGAAAGCCCUUUUCGACAACAACAUGGAGUUUGCACAGAUCAACGGAAUCCACAAAUUUCAGGAGAACCUGAGUGCUUUCAAAUACGAGGAGAACAUCAACAUCUUGCUGCUGCCACUGCACACAGGCUCAAAUGGGCUAAACAUCAUCGAAGCAACGCAUGUGCUGCUGGUGGAGCCCAUUCUAAACCCUGCCCAUGAGCUGCAGGCCAUAGGAAGAGUGCACCGGAUUGGCCAGACCAAACCCACAUUCGUUCACCGGUUUCUGAUCAAGUCCACCAUCGAGGAGCGGAUGCAAGCAAUGCUUAAAACAGCAGAAAAGAGUCAUAGUUCCACGUCUAUGAAGCAUUCGGAGGCCUCCGUGUUUACAGUGGCAGACCUGGCCGAGCUGUUCACAGAGGACAGCGAGUCUCUUGAGUAAAUGUCUCUCCAGACCUGCCAGUCCAAAGGCCAGUAAUGUGAACACUACACUAACACCAGCCAGGAGACGAGCCGUGCGCUGCUCUCCAGCUCUCCUGUAUGUUUGCUUUGCACAUUCUCCUUUCUAUAUGGUCUGUCCCAUGGUGUAAUUUAUUCGUGAUAUUCGAUGUGAAAAAGCAACUGAUUUGAAGAACCGUUUCAGUCCUGUAUCUCUAUUUGUUUUCUAGAUUUAUAGUGGGUGUAAUUUUUAUUAAUGCCGUGUUGUGCAUAAACAAAUGAUUUUUAAUAUGAUUUUAAUGAACCAAAUUGAAAUUAGAAUGCAUUUUUAAUGCUGUACAGUGCGUUGGUUUUGACAUUAGCACUCAUGUAUUUGUGAUUGAACAAAUGUUUUAUAAGAACCCACGGUAAUCACAGUCUGUCUGUCAGUCUGUGCUGUAAAGUCGAUUAAAAAAAACACGUGAGACAUUUUAUUGGAAUUGUGCUCUUGUCCUGGUUUAUUUUUUAAUUUAAAUGCAUUUUAUGAUGUUCAGGAAGGAAAUUGUUUGAAUUUACAGCACUGAACCUUGUUGGAGCAUCUUCCGUUCAGGCGCUCCUUUCAGUGGAUUGUCUGUGCAAAGUUGUAGCAGACCAUUUUGAACAUUUAUCUGGUGCUAUUUGCAAAACAAAAGACAUGUGAUUCAGUUUCCGUAAAACUCAUCCAAUAAAGAGCACUUGUAAAAAGUAAAACCAGAAAGUAAAAGGAAAGAGACUUUCUUUGUCCUAGAAUUGGACAAGGGCAGAUGGGGCAAGUGAACUCUUUCUGUCAAGCUGUACUAAAAUGCAAAAUAUCUUUCAUGACAAGUUGUGAUAACCCAAAUACAGUAUUGUACAUUUUCUCAUACUUGGAAAAAAUAAAUAAAAAAGGAUUUGUCAGCAGAGGAAUUCACUAUAAAUAAAUGUUGUUUACAAGAA